UAGAAAAGAAGUUACAAAGGUGAUUGGCUCCAUUCAGGGUUCGAAAAUUCUUCACUCCAAUUUCUUAUUUUUGAGGAAAUGGCUGCGGCUUGUAAGCGAUUGGCUCAAUUUUCGGGCUUUGGGUUCUCAAAAUCGUUCACUUUCAACUCAAGCCUCAGAUCAUUUCCCCGGAUGGCGAAAUCAAAUGGUCGGCGAUUCUAUGAUGCAUCCACUAUUACUAGCAGACUUGAAGAGCAAGGAGUGUCCACAAAGCAGGCUCAGGCAAUAUCUGCCGGUAUAACUGAAGUUUUGGAAAAAGUACAAGAAUCAUUAAUGGAGAGGACUGAAAUGCUUCAAGAGUCCAACGAGUCGAAAUUCAAAACUGAAGUGCAGAGGUCACAGAUGCAGUUGCAACGUGAGAUUGAGAAACUAAGGAAUGACAUGGAAAAGAAUAACAGUGAAUUGAGGUUGGCGAGGUUGGCGAUACAUAGAGCUGAGAUUGCUUUCAAAGCUCAGAUAUUAACAACAGAACGUGUUAUUAGAGCAUAUUGCCUAGGAACUAUUUUUACGUGUGCCGUUGCUUUUCUCAGCUUUUCUUAGCCGAAAAUAAUUAGUCGUUGUAGUAUAGUAGUUAGUUGAGGAGCAGGAGGUAGAAGCUCUCAUUAUACAAAAAUGAUUUAGAUGACAGGUUUUUUUUGCCCUGUUUUUGAAGGGCAUGAAGGAUUGAUGACCUUACUUGCAUGUUCAUUUGUGGUAGUUGAACCUCGUACGCUAUUCAAACUUCAAGCUCUUUUAAUUUCAUUA